GUUUCUCUCUUUCUUCUGGUGCAGCCAUUUAAUGCUUUCUUGGAUCUUUCUUACAUUCUGCUCUUGUUUCUGUUUGGCCGCUUGUCGAUUUCUGAUGCAAAAAUACUUGAUACAUUUACUGCUGUCUCAGUGAAAUUCUGAAUUCUACCUGUAGUGUUCCUUUGCAUGAAGCCAUGAAGUGUAGCUGCAAUAUGCAUAUUUGAAAGUGUUGUGUUCAUGGAAUACGCAACUAGAAACAUUCCAUCAGAUUCUGCCAUGAAUAGAGUUCAUGAAGAUAAAUUGAGUAACAUUCUCAAGGCUUCAUAUCAUUCUUCGAAGUGGGAUAUGGGAGAAGUACGAGAGAGUUGUGUUAAAGCCAACAAGAGGCAAUUCCUCAGCACUGAGGUUCAAAAUUCUUUGGAGCAAGAGAUUAUGCAUCUUCAGAAGCAACUAGAAGACCAAUUUGUGGUGAGGUCGACGCUUGAAAAGGCAUUGACUAAUAGGCCUAUCUCCUAUGAUCCUGCAAAUGGAAACUCAAUCACCAAGCCUGCUGAGGAUCUGAUCAAGGAGAUAGCUGUUUUAGAGUUGGAAGUUGUCUAUUUGGAGAAGUAUCUCCUUUCCAUGUAUCGCAAGAAUUUUGAUGAAAGAGUCUCAAUUUUAACUACAUUCGAUUCAAAUUUGAAUUCGAAUUCGAAUUCAAAUUCAAAAUCAGCAACGCACAAAUCAAUAUUUCGAGAAGCUCCUGGACACCAUAUUGCAAGAAAGGAAUCUGGUGACCUUUCGGGAUCAAUGAUACUUGAAAACUCUAGUAUUCAACGGAGCCAUUCCUCACUAUCUCAGCAUUCAGCUUGUUCUUUUAGAGCUUAUCCGCCAGUGGGAACUCUUGCCGAGGCAGUACACUCAUACCAUUCCUUACCUUUGUCAAUGCUUGAGCGUGCCACCGGUGAUACUUUGAAGGCAACUAGUCUGGAAGAACAUCUCAGCACCACUUUUCCUAGUCGUAGUCCAGAAAAUCCAAAUUGGCUCUCUGAGGAAAUGAUUAAGUGCAUCUCGGUUAUUUAUAGUGAACUUGCCGAUCCCCCAUUGGUCGAUCAUGGUUUCCCUUCCUCUCCACUCUCAUUCUCAUCAUUCUCCAGUGACUCCUCUCCACAAAUUGAAGGAGGUAAGGGGAGCCCACCAUCCAGAGAAAAAUCAUCUUUACAUUCAUGGAUGGAAAAUAAUUUCAACGUUGACGGGUACUCGAAGGAAUUUAGUGGAUCUUGCAGCACAAUGGUUGAGGUGCAAUGGAUUUGCAGAGAUGGUCAGAGGUUAAGACACGUGAAGCAUAUGCUGCAAGAGUUUAGGUCACUUGUUUCUCGGUUGGAAGAAGUGGAUCCUAAAAAGAUGAAACACGAGGAGAAGCUAGCUUUCUGGAUUAACGUGCACAAUGUACUGGUGAUGCAUGCAUAUUUGGUCUAUGGAAUCCCGGGUAGUAAUCUCAAAAGGAUAUCAUUACUCCUCAAGGCUGCAUAUAAUGUGGGAGGUCAAAUCAUAAGCGUAGACAUGAUACAAAGUUCAAUCUUAGGCUGCCGGUUGCCUCGUCCACUGCAAUGGCUCCAAUCACUGUUUUUCCCGAAGGCAAAGUUCAAGGUUAAAGAUGCAAGGAAAGCAUACGCGAUAGACCACCCAGAACCCCGCGUAUAUUUUGCACUUUGUUCAGGAAGCCAUUCUGAUCCAGUGGUUCGUAUGUACACGCCAAAGACAGUUUUCCAAGAACUGGAAGCUGCAAAAGAAGACUACAUUCAGACCACCUUCAAAGUAAACAAAGAACAGAAGAUCCUUCUACCAAAGAUAGUAGACUGUUUUGCAAAAGACUCGAGUUUAAGUCCAGCUGGUUUCAUCGAGAUGAUCGAGCAUUUUAUGCCAAGCUCCUUUACGAAGAGUAUUCUGCAGGGAAAAUUCUUGAAGAGAAUUGAGUGGAUUCCUCAUGACUUCACUUUCCGGUAUCUGAUCUCUAAGGAAUUGGCCAAGUGAUUCUCAACCGCUGAUAAAUUUGCCAAGGAGUUUUUCAACCAUACAUAAAAGAAUGUUUUGGGAAGAACAACGAUCAAACGGGUUCAAGCUUGUUGAGCUAGAGCACAUUACAACAUUUUGAGUAUCAUCUACGUCUGGUUGAGUUUUCAGAAUCAUUUUUUCUUUUUAUAAAAAAAAAUUACAAAAACUGUGUUUGUAAAAAAAAAAAAAAACUCAUCGUUUUCAUAUCCUAUGUAUGUCUAAGUGGAAUAGUCCUCAAGAAGUUGAAUUUUUUUCUCCAAAAUGGGAUUUUUGCCACAAAAAAAUCCAGAAAGCUACUUUAGAAAAUCGCCAAUCAAACACUCGUAUAUGUUCUGCAAAUCUGAUUUUGAAAAGUGCGACCAAAUGAAGACAAGUUUUUUUAGCUGGACAUAUUAUCCUUGAGCUCCCAUAAGCUUGACCUCGUUUGACCACUUGUCUUCCUAAAAUGGACUGGCUAAAUGAUUCAACUGCCACUGCUGCCUAACAAGUUUUCAUAGCAAGAGUAUUGAUGAGGAAAUGCUAGGGUUUUUUUAUCGAUUGCGAACUUGAUUCUACUGUAUUUCUGUAAUGGACAUUUUGCUAUGAAGUUUGAAUCAGAUAUCAUAAAUCCAGAAUUUUGAGUAGUGUUUUU